UUGUCGCCCAAGCUGUGCUCUCCCUUGCUCUUCCUGCGAGUUUCCUGCAUUUUGAAGCACCAAGCACAACAUGGCGGAUAAGGCUGUGACAGUCCGAACCAGGAAAUUUAUGACAAAUAGGCUUCUAUCUCGCAAGCAGUUUGUCAUUGAUGUACUUCAUCCUGGGAGGCCAAACGUAUCCAAGGCGGAGCUUAAGGAAAAGCUAUCAAGGAUGUACGAUGUCAAAGACCCUAAUGCGAUUUUUGUCUUCAAGUUUAGAACUCACUUUGGAGGCGGAAAAUCAACCGGAUUUGGUUUAAUUUAUGAUUCCGUUGAAAAUGCAAAGAAGUAUGAGCCCAAGUACAGGCUUAUCAGGAAUGGACUCGCUACUAAGGUGGAGAAGUCCAGGAAGCAACUGAAAGAGCGGAAGAACCGUGCUAAGAAGAUCCGUGGAGUAAAGAAGACCAAGGCUUCUGAGGCUGCAAAGAAGAAAUGAGUCUUCAGAAUGUUUGUAUUGAUUUUAGUUUUCCCGAGUUCAGUUAAAAUUUUGCUUCUCUUUACAUUUUGUUGAACAGUACAAUACGAUAUUUUUCAGUUUCACUGAUUAAUUUGUUCAUCUAGCAUAUUAAAGAUCUUGAUUACUGUUUGAGUCGGCUUAACCUUGUUUUCACUGAUAGUGUUGAUUCGUUACCUGGAUGGUUGGCCUAUAUUAUA